AUGGGAAGCAUCAAUCAGACAUGGAAUAUGGAGUUUUUCCUCUUGGGUUUGUCCACUCAUCCAGAAACCCAGAAAUGCCUUUUUGCUCUUUUUCUAGUGAUGUAUCUUGUCAUCCUUGCAGGGAAUAUGCUCAUCAUGCUGGUGGUAAGCAGGGACAUGCACUUGCACACUCCAAUGUAUUAUUUUCUGAGCCAUCUCUCUUUUCUGGACAUCUGCUUUACCACCACAGUCAUCCCUAAAAUGCUGUCUAACUUCCUAGCAAAUCACAAAACCAUCUCCUUUGUAGGUUGCAUGACACAGAUGUAUAUAUCGCUGUCUUUAGGAGCUACUGAAUUCAUCCUGUUGACUGUUAUGGCAUAUGACCGCUAUAUGGCCAUUUGUCAUCCUUUGCAUUAUAGUACCAUUAUGAGUCAGGGGCUGUGUACGCAAAUGGCAGCUGAGUGUUGGCUCAGUGGGUUUGUGAGUGGUGUAGUAAUAACAGUGUCCACUCUACAUUUGCCAUUCUGUGGGAAGAAGACCAUCAACCAUUUUGUCUGUGAAGUGUUAGCUGUCCAGCAUUUGGCAUGCUCUAGCUCCUUUGUUGGGGAUGCAAUCAUGCUGGGAGCUGGGACGCUUAUUCUGCUCAUACCCUUUAUUCUUGUGGUAAUGUCUUAUGUCUACAUCCUCACAACCAUCCUUCACAUCCGAUCAGCUGAGGGAAGACACAGAGCGUUUUCCACCUGCACAGCCCACCUAAUGGUGGUGAGCCUGUGCUAUGGGACAGCCAUCUUUGUCUACCUGAGGCCCAGAUCCCACUAUUUUCCCAAGCAGGGGAAAACUAUCUCGGUGUUCUAUUGCAUCGUUACUCCCAUGCUGAACCCCAUGAUCUACAGUUUGAGAAAUCAAGAAGUAAAGGCUGCCCUGGUCAAGCUUAGUGAGGAAAUGAGGAAAGGGAGAACCCUACCUUGCUUGUGA